AUGACUCUCCGACGACAUGCCGAAUCGACCCAUCGUGGCGAUUACUUGAAUUGGUGUAAGAGAGAAGGCUUCAUCUCGAUGCUCCCCAAAUGUUCUCGUGAACGGCGUCUCAAGGCUGUUGAGAAGGCCCAGGCAGAACAAACACAAGUCGACAGUCACUUUGGUCCUGCCCCACCAAAGGUGGAGAAGCAAGCUCCGUACUCCGAUGAACUAUUUAAUGAGGCGGCAAUCCAAUGGUUAAUCGAGACAGAUCAGCCCGUUCAAGCAUUUGAACACCCGGCGUUUAAACGGAUGAUCAACAUCGCUGCUCAGGCAACUCGCGACGUCAAGUUCCUCGACUGA